ACCAGCAGGUGGUGGUUUAGUCGAAGCCGCUCGCGUCAGCAUCAGUGGGCCCGGCUGUGCUUCGGCUUUCGACCAAGUGGCAUGGUUUCCAUGCCUUGCUUUGCCCCGCACGCCUUUGCACAUCGCCGCCUCGAGGACGACAAGGACAGCCGAUAACAGCGGUUCUUCCAGUUGCUCGUUGACAGCGGACUCCGGGCAUACGGGCCCUCCACCCGGACACGGCUCGUUUGCUCCACCCUCUCCUGUAGCACUGUUUGUCGCCAGUCUGCCCCGUCGUUCGAGCCAUUCCGGAGGGCUGUGCGGCAGCCGGCUCGGUGUGUUCGCCGCAUGGACGGAGGAUGUACGAAGUCGACUGUUAACCUCUGCUCUCCGGCAGGCAGAACAUCUGACAGGUAACCUGGCUCGCCUGACCAGCCAUCCGGCCGCCAGUCGUUCAGGCAGCAUCGUCCAGUUGGCUGGUCAGCUGCCAGACAAGCUCGACGUCCUGGAGACGGGCGGCGCUGCCGGCGGAGACUACGAGGGCAGGACAGACUGUCGGUUGACUCGCCUAGAGGCUCCAAGACAGAGGAUGACAGAGACAAGUGCAGACGAAGUUGGCUCUGAGGUAUACGGCACAAAAAGAGGCCCUAUUACCUUUUCGGUAUAA